GUUGUUGGUCGGGAGGAGUCCCCGUAACGAUGAUCUCCCAUUCAUCAAAGAGACGCCUGCGGGUGAUGGAUGUCCAGCAGGCUGCUUCCUUUGCCUUUCCGUGUGUCUUUCUCAGGAGGACUGUUGCACUCUCGCAGACAGCCCAAGAUGCCUCAGUCCUCCUCGUUCGAGCUUCUUCCGCUACGACAGUCGGUCGACACCCUUCCUGAGCUUGAUGACCACCUCACGCUCCUCCCCAAGUCUCCAGGCGAUGUCGACCCAGGUCUGUUCCGCCAGCCCAGACCCGCGAGGACCUGGCUAGGCUCUUGCGUUCGAUACUCUCGCUUGCCCUUCUCGCUGGUCGAACAGUGCUUGAAAACACGCAAGACCACGCGGAAGAGAUUCGGCUUUCGACGCGUCCUCAGGCUCACGGUCUUACUCAUCGGCGCAUUCAUUUGCAUAUCGGUCGUUGAAGCAAUUCUAUAUCCCUCCUAUCAGACUCCUCCUGCGCAUUAUCAUGCCCUGCAACGGAGAAUACUUGGUUCAGCGCGGCCGGGCCGUGGGAAUCCAAACGGCGAGAAGAUAUUCAUUGCAGCCAACAUCAUAAACGAAGACCUGAUCCGUGGAGCUUGGGGGGACGCGAUGCGGGAAUUGGUUGAUAUCCUAGGAGAAGAGAAUGUUUUCGUCAGUGUCUAUGAGAAUGACAGUGGCGUUGGAACGUCCGAUGCUCUUCGAGAAUUCCAAGAAAGGCUACGAUGUAAUUCCUCCAUCGUCACGGGGGACAACCUAUCCUUGUCAGACCUACCAAGCAGCACUGUACCUUCCGGUGAGAAGAGGAUCAAACGCAUCGCAUACCUCGCUGAAGUACGGAACCGCGCUCUCAGACCUCUUGACCCUACCUACACACCUCUUGAUUCUCAAACAGGAUUCCAACACGCGAAUAUGAGAUUCGACCGAAUUUUAUUUCUGAACGACAUCUUCUUCUCCCCAGCUGAUGCCGUACAGCUAUUGUUCUCGACGAAUAAGAGCAGAUAUCGUGCCGCAUGCGCUAUCGAUUUCGUCUCGAACGUGAUGUUCUACGACUCAUUCGUCGUCAGAGACACCAAUGGGUAUGGCAUGGGGCUGAUGUUCUUCCCGUGGUUCCCACCAACAGGAAGUGCCGAAAGUCGAAACGCCGUCUUAGCCGAGAAGGAUGCAGUCCCUGUUCGCAGCUGUUGGGGGGGAAUGGUUGCCUUUGAGGCUGGACAGUUUCAGAGCUUAUCUACUCAACUUUCUCCCUGGUUGACGGCACGCUUUCGCUACGAGCCCGAAUCGUUCUGGGAGGCUGCCGAAUGUUGUCUAAUCUUUUCAGAUUUGGAGGAUGCCUUUGGCGAGCCAAAUGUCUCCGAGGGUACAGGGGUGUUUGUCAACCCGUUUAUCAGGGUGUCGUACACCCGGCACACGUGGAACUGGCUGCCGUUUUUCAAGAGAUAUGAGCGCAUAUUCCGCAAUCUACAGUAUAUCGUCAGCAAGAUCGGCUACCCUGAAUACAAUCCCCGACGCUUGCAUAAGCCAGGUCAAUUGGUGAAGCAAAGAUCAUGGGUGAACAAUGUGGACGGACCAGGAACGGGAGGAGCAUUUCAGAUGGUCGAAAGCAAAGCUACGCCAGGAGGCUUUUGCGGACAGAGACGCAUGUUUCUGAUGAAGCGUGACUUUGAAUCGGCAAAUAGACGGGAAGAAAAAAAUUGGGAGAGUAUACCAGUGCCUUGGUAAACAUUCGGUGUUCAGAACUUUUCUUUUUUACCUUUUUUUUUUUUUUAAAUUAUUCGCAUUCGGGAGCGAGAGUAAAUCUGCACAGCACUUGGCGGAGUUUUAUGGGACUUGAACUGAGCGUUAAGCAACAUUUCACAAGCGAUAAACACACUUCAUGUUGCAACUACGCAAUGCCUGACUACAUUCUAUUAAUAGCUAAUAGCUUUUUACCUGCUAGCUUCCAUACUUUGUGGACACAACUCGGCCAGCGCAAGAUCCAACAAUAGACUCCUGCGAAUAAAAGCCCCUUAUGAAGGCA